AUGGUAUUAUUUCUACGCAUUUUCAUAUGCAUAAGUUGUUUUGUCUUCAAUACGUUUACGUUUUGUACAAGUACUAUUAAAACUGAAACUAGUUUCCUGACAACCGUCAAAUUAAUUACAAGUGUCAAUACCGAGGUUCCAUCUGUGCUGUGGCAACAAAAGCAAGUUACGAAUCUAACAAGCGAUUGCAACAUCGAAUCGGAUCGUAAUAACGGUUUAACAUGCCGUGAUUCGAAGGCAGUAAAAAGUGUUUCGAAACGUUUGGCGACUGUUUUGAACAAAAACUUAACCAACACAAACCUUACCAAGAUAAAUCUUGGUACUGCAAAUCUAACAACUGUAAAACCAAAACCCCCGAAAUCCGUUGUUACUACAACUAAGACGCCUCCCAAUGUCACGAAACCUGGUAAAUUCGUACAGAAAAACAAUUUGAGGCACCGCGAGGGCACGGUUUGGCCUAAGCCCGACAAAAGGUUAAGCGAUGCCGCGCACAAAACGCCCAAUGUCAACAUGUCGAAUCACACAGAGGAGAUCGUAGUCAUGUCAGACUUCAAGACCAAAUAUCCAAUCGACACGUGGAAAGAACACGGGUUUUACACGGACGAUUACAUGAAGUUAAUCAACAGCCAUUGGUUCAAAUUCAUGCCACCUAAUGCCACGUCACACUACAUUCUCGGAUUUCUGUACUCCGUCAUCAUGGUACUCGGUUGUUUCGGGAACUCACUAGUGAUUUUCAUGUACAUCAAGUGUAAAUCAUUGCAAACGCCCGCCAACGUGUUGAUAAUGAACUUGGCAGUCAGCGAUUUUAUUAUGCUAGCGAAAACGCCGGUUUUCAUCUACAACAGUUUUUACCAAGGUCCUACGCUGGGAAAAUUGGGCUGCCAGGUCUAUGGAUUUUUUGGUGGCUUGACGGGAACUGUGUCCAUCAUGACGUUAGCCGCCAUAUCGUUGGACAGGUAUUAUGUGAUAGUGCACCCUCUGAACGCGGCCGUGAAAACUACCAAACAGCGGGCCAGGGUGUGGAUUGGCCUGAUAUGGAUGUAUGGGUUCUUGUUCUCCAUCAUACCGGUAAUGGACCUGGGGUACAACCGAUACGUACCGGAAGGAUACCUAACUAGUUGCAGUUUUGACUAUCUGUCGGAUGACAACCAAGAGAAAGGGUUCAUAUUGGUGUUCUUUACGGCGGCGUGGUGCAUACCGUUCACCACGAUAUCGUACUGUUACAUUAAGAUACUGAGGGCGGUUUGGGUGACCAGCGAAAUGGCCGCCAGCCGGUUCGGCCAGGAGGAGGAGAAGAGGAAGACGGAGAUAAGACUGGGAUAUGUGGUGGUUGGAGUCAUCAUGCUGUGGUUCGUGUCGUGGACGCCGUACGCCAUGGUGGCCCUACUAGGUGUAUUCGAUAGGAAAGAGUACAUCACGCCACUGAGUUCGAUGAUCCCAGCGGUGCUUUGCAAGGCUGCCAGCUGCAUGGAUCCUUGGAUAUACGCUAUCACACACCCAAGGUUCAAAAACGAAUUGACAAAGCUAAUGUCCAGAAAGAAGACCAGGAAAUUGGAGCGGGAUUAUGGUAUGAAGAAGAACUGGGGAGGCCAGUCAUAUUCCAAUAAGAGCGGGGCCGGUCUCAGGAACCUCUCUAGCUCAGAAGAUGAGUGCGUGGAAGAGGUGAUCGUCGUGAUUGAUUCAGAUGACAAGAAGAUGAAACGGCAAGGAUCGACUUCCAGUCACAAAACCGAAGAGACCAAAGCGCUGGAGACAAAGUUCCCACCCACAAGGCAGGAUAGUCUGAAGUACAUGCCGCCCAGCUGGUACAAACUGCCCCGGACUACGUCUAAGAGCAGCAUCAUGAUAGACCCAAAACUUACAGGAGAUGAUAACAAUAAGUGA